UAUAAGCGUGUUAAAAAAAUGAUAUCAAACGAAAGGAAAUUACCUAAGGUUUCAAUAUAAAAAAAUAUUAUUUUGAUUUGUUAAUAUUUGAAAAAGUUAUGGCAGUUUUAAGUACAAAAAACAUCCUUAUAGAAGGUGAUUUUUAUCGCAAAUAUUACUUUUUUUUUUAAAUUUUGACAGCAAUUUGCACAUAGUAGAUAGGUCGUUGGGACAAAUUUUUUUUUUUAUUUUAUAGUACAUGUUGAGGCCACGUAAAACGUUAUAAUACGUUUCACCAUGCCGCUAAUGAUACUGAGUCCCUCCUAACAGUGCGCGACAACAGUAUAACCACUACCAUGAUUGAUAACGGUUCCAGCAACGUUAUCAAUCAGCCGGCCACCUGUUACACACAACAUAACACAGUAAUUUUGUAGGUUAGAGUUAUAAUAUAGUUAUAGUUUUUUUGAGUUGUUGAAAAGUAGUUUGAAUAUUUUUAAUAGAAAUUUUUGUGCGAUUCCUUUCUUAAUUAUUCGCUAUAUUUUACAACCAUAGGGCUCGCAUUGUUUAUUUAAUCUAGUCAAAAGUGUGAUAUUCUAACUUGAAAUUUGACACGGCCACGGCGUUGUCACACGUUGACACCCCGCGGUCGUGUCAGCUCCUUCUCAGCCACCGCUUAACUGUAAACCGGACCGUCACACACACGCGUUAUCGUCGUGGUGUAAAGUCCAACAAAUGCCUAGCGUCGUAUACCCCGCCGCAAUAAUACGUGCAGUCAGUUAUCUCCGUGACGCCUUUAUGUGCGAUUCCUUUUUCGGUCUUCGUUUUUUUUUUGUGCUUCUUGAUACUUGCACUACGGAUACACAUCAUUUUUCUUAAGUGUUUUUUUUUUUUUUUAAAAACAUCUAUUGACUGUGAACCAUACAACCGAGUUCGAUCAUUUUUCAAUACUUUGUUUUUUUUUUGUUUGUUUUUCUUCUUUUGUUGUAAUUUAAAUAAUAAACUUCGGGUCACGCCCGUUAAUACUUAGCAACCUUGUGCGUGUAAAUUCUUUAACAAUAACACGUAUCAACUGGCUCCCCGGCUCAGAAAUCAAAACCGGAAUAACUUUUUAAUAAGCAUGAGCAACAACAACAACAACAACAACCCAGCCAACCCCUUAUCCGUCGAGGAGGUCCAACGGUUGGUUGGCCAAUUGGCGGGCCGGGUGGGCCUCCCGACGGAUCCCAUCCCGCGCGUACUGCGCUCGGCGGAGGAUGCUUCGCGCGCCCCCCUACCCGAGGUAUUAAGGAACCCGGUGGCUCGAGCUCACUACGAACGGGGCGUGCGGGCGGGUCGCGAGGAGGUGAGGCGCGAAAUACAAAUCGCGCUAAACUCACUCCCCCGCGCCUCCCCGUCCGCCCCGGGAGUCCAAGCUCCCCCUUCUCCCAAACCUCGUCGGGUAAUAAAUGUGGCGUCCCAACACUUCUCCCGCCCAGGGGAGGCGUCCACAAGCAAUACGCGGGUGGUCCCCUCCCCUCGGCCUCUACUGUCUUUCCGCGCCACGCGGCCAGACAGCGCCCCACCCACGUCACGUCGCCCGAAGCAUCCAUACGCCAGGGGCAGUGGAGGGUCCGCAGCGACGCCUACCCCUACGACUAGCAAAACUCCUCGGUACUACUCUCCGUCCGAGCGGGAACGCCGGACGAAGAAGUACAAGGAGUAUAUGCUUCGACGUUGGGGGGUCGUCGUCGGUGGGGACCUUACACCGCCCAUAAACCCGACAUCAACAACACCGACAACAACAACAGCACCACCGACAACAGCAACAACACCGACAACAUCAGCAGCAGCCCCAGCAGUGACAACAGCUAUUGUCAGCCGGCCGUCGGGCAUGUAUGUGGACGGGGUGCUGGCGGCGUCAACACCAGCACAGGAGGAGCAGCCGGAGACGCCUAUGGAGCUAGAGGACGACGGCCUGGUUCGAGAGAUGGACCUGUUCCUCUCCUGCCCCACCUCCCCAGCACAGCCGGAGCCCCCGGCCGAGUAAGAGCUCCCUCCCACCCCAAGCGCGUUACGCGCGGGGUCUAUACCCCUAACCCCCUCCCUGCUGCGCGCACUCCGCGGGGCACUACCACCCACUCCAUCAAACAUACAACGUAAGUAUUGCGGCUUGUUAUUGCGCUAUGCGCACUCUAAUAUAUUCGACCAAACACGGAACGCCAUAUGCGCUAUUUCAUUUGAUUUCUAGAGUACAGCGGCGGCUUGGUGGGGGGGUAUUUGACACGGCCACGGCGUUGUCACACGUUGACACCCCGCGGUCGUGUCAGCUCCUUCUCGGCCACCGCUUAACUGUAAACCGGACCGUCACACACACGCGUUAUCGCCGUGGUGUAAAGUCCAACAAAUGCCUAGCGUCGUAUACCCCGCCGCAAUAAUACGUCCAGUCAGUUAUCUCCGUGACACCACGACCGCAAGCUAUCUGUGAUAUCGAUACGUGAUCGUCUUUCCGAAUACCGAACAGUUUAGAAUCGCUACUUCGGCACCUCAUAAUCUACAUUUUAUUGUUAGUUUUAAUCAACUUAGUUUUAAGCAUUUUGUGCGUAUUCUAUUUGUUUUCCUGUGUUUCUUAAAAUCAAUAAACGGCUCGACGCCACUCUCUUCUUUCAACAUCAACCUGUGUCACGUAUUUCGGAAACAAUGUUACCAUUAUCAACGCUAAACACAUACUGUUCUUAAAAUGUGGUAUAUAUUUUUUGGGGGGUUGCUAUUAUUAUUAGUUCGGCUUUUAAAACAAUUCUAUUUCUUCAUAAAAAUUUUUUUUUUAGUUUUAGUUAUUAUCGAGGUGGACAUAAUGCCCAUGCACUCAGACCUGGUGGUCCAUUGUGCGCACUUCAUAAAAAUUAAAAUUUCUUUGCAUUACUUUAAAAACUGCUUUACUUAGUAAUAAAAUAAAAAUCCAUCUUCUAUAAAUUUUU